UACUGAAAAUCUUUACUUGUCAUUUGUAUACAGUGUGGAGCAUGUGUUUCCAAAAAAUUAAAAGUCUAUCUUUCUUAAGAUAAAAGAAAUGUGAAAAACAUUUAUCGUUAUAUCCAUUAGAAGAUAUUACGCAUUCCAUACCUCAGCAUUUCUGAAAGUGGUCAACUUCAUUGAUCGAUUAUAUUGCCGUGGUUAUAGCAUCUGAACUAAGAGAAUGGAUGUACCAGAGGGCAUACUGAUUGGUUUCGGCAAUCCGCUACUGGACAUAACCACCUUUGUGGAAGACACCGUGCUGCUGGAGAAAUACGAUCUGGAGCCUAAUGCAGCAAUAAUAGCCGAGGAUAAGCACCUGGCGCUCUUCGACGAGCUAAUGAACCAGGAGAAUGUGCAGUACUCGGCCGGUGGUGCCUGCCAAAACUCUAUGCGCAUCUAUCAAUGGAUUUUGUGCAAACCCUUUCGGGCUAUCUUCUUUGGCGCCGUGGGCAGGGACAAGUUUGGGGAUACAAUUGGGAAGCGUGCACGCAGCGAUGGCGUUGAGACACAAUACCAGGUCAGGGAGGAGGCGCCAACGGGUACCUGUGCGGUCAUAAUUUCGGGACAGGAUCGCUCCCUUGUGGCUAACUUGGGCGCAGCCGCUCUAUUCACUGAGGACUGGCUGGACAUUGAAGAGAAUGCGUGCAUUUUGGAGCGCGCUAAAUUUUUCUACGCAACCGGCUUUUUUAUGGCCGUCUCUUCAGCUAGUGUUCUGCGCAUCGCCCGCCUGUCUAGCGAGACGAAUCGCUUUUUUGUGCUAAAUUUUAGUGCCGUUUUCGUGCUGCAAACGCACAAGAAGAAUAUGGACGAGAUCCUGCCCUACACGGACAUGAUCAUUGGCAAUAAGCAGGAGGCGUUGGCCUAUGCCGAGUCUCACGAUUGGAAUACCACAGACAUCUUUGAAGUUGGCCGUCGCCUGCAAAGCCUGCCCAAGGCGAAUAUGCGACCACGCAUUGUAAUGAUAACGGAUGCCUUCUGUCCGGUUCUGUGCUUCCAGGAUAAUGACAAGAUACUCGAGUAUCCAGUGCCCAAAGUCGAUCAGGAGAACAUUGUUGACACGAAUGGCUGUGGCGAUGCCUUUGUCGGAGGCUUUCUCUCACAAAUUGUUCAGCACAUGCCGAUAGAUUAUUGCAUCCGUACAGGUAUCUUCGCCUCGCAGCAGAUCCUGCGCGUCGUUGGCGUCCAGGUCGAACAACUGCCCAAGUUUCGCGAUAGUUGCAUUUGAGAGACACAUGCUCCUUAACGAAAUUUAAAAGUAUGUUUUAAAUAAUAUUUUCAUCAAUAAAUGGGAGGUAUAAAAUGUA